AUGCCGACCGCACCCUCUGAAACUUGUCACAAGGAUGAUGUUAGAGGUGCUGGAGAUAUCGGGAAUAAAUAUGAAGCGGAAGAACGUUUCGGUCCCUUUCGUGUUGUAAUAACUAUGAGAUUUUCAUUUGAGACACCAUUAUACCCGGAGGAUGCUUUUGAACAAGAUCGUCGAGAAAUUGCUUGA